AUGGCUGAAGAUUCAGAGCUCUGGGAUGUUAUCUGCGAUGGACCCUUCGUCCCUAUGAAGACCAGUGACGAAUACAACAAGAUUUCAGCAUGUCAGUCUGCUAAGGAGAUCCUGGAAGCUCUCCAAAUAGCUCAUGAAGGGAAAACUCAAGUCAAGCAGUCGAAGAUUGAUAUGCUAACCACAGAGUAUGAGCUCUUCAGGAUGAAAGAUGAUGAGUCCAUUCAGGACAUUCACACUCGCUUCACCUCUAUCGUCAAUGAACUCCAUUCUCUAGGAGAAUCAUUCCAAGGAACAAACUUGUCAGGAAAAUACUUAGCAUAUUGCCAGUUCCUGGGAAAGUAA